AUGGCCGACAAUAAAUUAUGUGCUGGUUGUCACCAUCAAAACGAAGACAUAAAAGCCGAGUCGUGGUGCAGUGCUUGCAGUGAACUAGUUUGUCAGUCAUGCGCCAGCGCUGAAGAAAGAAUGUUCUCGCCUCACAAGGUAGUACCAAUGAAAGAAAUACAACAACUCAGUUUUUCGCUUCUUGAAUUGUUCAAGAACUGCAAGAAUUAUCCCGACCAAACAAUUGCAUUGUUCUGUUGUCAACAUGACAAAGUGAUCUGCGGUUUAUGUGUACCUGUAUUACAUCAGAAUUGUAAGCCUAUCAUUUCAAUUGAAAACGCUGCUAGAUGCGUGAAAUAUGGCACAGCUAUUUCUGACGUAGAGAGAAGAAUGGACAAUCUUAGUAAAGUAAAAGACAACAUUCUGGGUAGAACUGAGAUAACAUUUGAGGAUUUGAAGAAAAGUCGAAACAGUAUCAAGAAAAGAGUGUCGGAUAUCCAGCAGAAAGUUAUUGAUCAUUUACAUAAGAUAGAAGCAGAUAUACAUAAAGACAUUGAUAAAAAUCCGGAAUGUAUUACCUUGUAUGACAACAGCCAUGCUGUAUCAUCUCUAUGUGAUGACGGUAUCCAGAUCAUCGACCUGACAACAUUAAAGCUGAAUAGGAUAGUAAAAGUUGACGGGAUUUGUAGAGGAAUCACCAGUGUAAAGGAUAAGAUCAUCGUAAAGAAUCAUUCCAAUAUUUCAACCAUAGUGGAUAUCAAUGGUAAAGUUCUGAACACAAUACAAACAACAUUUGAUCCUGAUGAUAUAUGUGCUAACGAAGAUGGUGACGUCUAUUGUACAGACUAUAAUAGUCAUAAAGUAUUUGUCGUUACAUCGAAUGGAAAAGAACGUGAGAUAUACAGUGGUCCUGAUCUGAGAGAUUGUCGUGGUAUGGCUGUAGAUGACCGUGGUGAUGUGUAUGUAGCAGGGGGAAAAUCAAACAACAUACAUAGAAUAUCUUAUGACGGGAAAAAAACAUGA